AUGCGGUACGAGUGGGGUAUGUACCCACUGAAGCAUAUUACAUCUCACAAUGAAUUUGUUCCUGGUCGCUCUGUCCUGCUGGCGGCGCUCGCCCUCGCCGAGGAGCCCCUCCGGUUCUACCACGAGAACGCGGGCAUCCAGCAGGCCGAGCUGAUCAGGCAGACGGAGCAGGCCCUCGACUUCGACGGUGCCAGGAUUACGGGAGGUUCGGCGGCUAACCUCGGGCAGUACCCGUACAUGGGUGGCCUGGUGAUCACUCUCCAAAAUGGCCAGACCUCGGUAGCGCGCCAGUUCGUCGUCGUGUUGGGCUCCACCCGCCUCUUCUCCGGCGGCACCAGGAUCACCACCACAAACGUCGUCAUGCACGGCUCAUGGAACCCCAACAAUUUGAACAACGACGUCGCAGUUAUCGUCAUUGGCUGGGUUAAUUUCUCAAACACUAUCAGGAAUAUCGGUUUGGCAUCUGGCAGCAACAGCUUCCAGGGCGCGUGGGCUCAGGCCGCCGGUUUCGGCAGAACUAGCGACUUGGCCGGAAUCAGCAACAACCAGUUCCUGUCACACGUGACCUUGCAGGUCAUUGGAAACGCUGAGUGCCAGCGAACCUUCGGGAAUUCCAUCAUAGGGUCCACAAUUUGCACCAGCGGUGCUGGAGGCAGAAGUACCUGCCCGGGAGACUCCGGUGGCCCUCUUUUGACCAGCAAUGUCCUCUUUCGUAGAAAUUUCAUUCAAUUCAUUACCGUGAGGGAGAAAGAGUCCGAGAUGGAGGAAGAGACUGAAAGGGAGGAAGGGACCGAGAGGAAGGAAGACCCCGAGAGGGAGGGAGAGACCAAAAGGGCAGAA